AUGGGAAACUGUUGCAAAGCAGCUUCGUCAAUGGAGUGGGGUGGAGACGACUGGGAAUCUUUGAAACAACCAAAGCCAUGUUCAUCAUCAUCAAGUAAGGUGUUUGACGAAGCUGCUUAUCUUGAUCAUCAUCACAAUAAGGAGACUGAUGUAUUAGGAAAGCUUAGAGCUUCUUGUGAUGGCAAUGGUAAAGUCACGUUAAAGAUUUCAAAGUGUGAAUUAGCCGAACUAUUGGAAGCGAUAGAGAAGAAGAAGAAGGAAUCAGCUUCAGGAGAACGAGUCCUGUUUCGGAUAAUAAAAGCUAGAGAGCAUGAAACUGCGAAUAAACAUCACUGCAGUAGUCACUGGAAACCUAUGUUAGACACCAUUCCUGAAUGUUAA